GGCGAAGGUUGGGGACGUGCCCUAAAAUAUACACGAUGACCCGUACGCCGUAGGAAUCAAAUUCCUCCACACGUCCGCGAGAAAGAGACACGUGCAGUUUCAUUCUCUGAAAGACAAAUAUCGACAUUGGUGGCCAGCUUACAUUCGGAGCUCUAAGGCAAAAAAGCUCUUUGAUCCUCAACUGAGGUUCGUUGAACUUUAGUUAUUUCCGGGAAACCUAAUUUACAUACCUUUAGCCAACGAGCGGAAAUGGAUACUCUGGUGAAACUUGAUAUACUUGGCACCAAGCUUCCUUUCUAGGUGCCAAGACCUCCUUAUAGUUGCACGGCACACCCUCAAUGAAUAAAUCGACUAUAAUAUCCAUUUACAGAUGUUUGGUCUGGUAUCCAGCCAUGAGUUUGGGUACAUACCAAUAUCUGUGCGCUGCCAAGACUCAGACAAACCUACCGCAUUCAGCGGAGGUUGGCCUGGGCUCAAACUGCUACGUCAUCGUCUGCAUGUAUUGGCUAAAAUUUUUAUAGCUACAUAUCCCUUAUACGACCUAUAGCUAAAUACGGCCAAUACAUAACUGCUCA